AUGACGCAGUCUCCUGGUCAACUUGAAGUUCCUGAGACUUUCUCUCCGAGCAUAUCUUCCAGAACUCGUGCGGCCAAACGGCGCUCUCAGCAGCAGGCUCGGCGUGUGCAAAAUGCAGCUUUUCUACUCGGAAUACGCCCAGAGCUCCCUGAUGUCAAUGACCAGGACUUGGAGAUGUUGAACUGCACGCACGUGGUUAAGAGUUUCUAUGAUGGUGUGGCGGACUCGCAGCCAAUCGAAGGAUUUUCUGUACACCCGCAACAGCCUGAGAGCCAGGAGCUCGAGAAAGUCAAGUUUAGGAUACCACUACACACCAUGGAUAGCAACCUAAGUGUGACAUGUGUGGACCACCUACACUCUGAGUCGGAUUGUCGCCUAGAUAUCUUCGACCGCAUCAAGGCUACAAUGGAUGUUCCAUCCACGUAUGAGCACUUGGCCUGGCGCUUAUCCGUUUCCCGUCGCAAAGACCCACCCCAUCGCCUUCUGACAUCAUACGAUAUUGACAGUGCGUUCAAAGCGGUGAGAGCAGAGUUCAGGGAAGGGAAGGGAAGGAAGAGAGUCAUGAUUGAAAUUAUCAAUACCAUGCCUGCACUGAAAGAAAAUCCGGUGAAACGCAGCUCCGGGUCUUCUGUGGCAGGCGAGCAGAGCCUGACGAAUGAGACACGCGGCCAGGGACGAGCUCUUUCGUCGCUCCAGAGAGUGCCCACUGAGAUCAUUUCUCCUGUCAUCCACAAUCACAUCCACGUUUCACCCGCCAUCAGCGACAUGGUGACUUCUGAAGGAAAACAACAAGGAGAAUGCCCUAUCAUGAUGCCCCAGCCACUCAAAAGGACAUACGCCCUUUACAUGGAAAGUGACGAAGAAUCUAGCAACGACGAACCACCACAAAUCAUUGGAAACUUUCUUACCAGUGUUCAUUCUCGUUAUCCGGCCAUGAACUUCUUACAGUAUGCUGGUAAACUGAAAGAUCGUGGCAUCUUGUAUUUGCCAACUGCAGCUAGGUUUAAUGUUGGAUUUUACCAGAACAAGGUCGGUAUGCCAGAGGGUACUGCACUUACCUUUCAUAGCUGUGUCUCUAAAGCUUAUAUGAGAGUGGAACGUGCAAAGGGAAGAAGGAAGACUAAAGGGAAAAAGAAAGCACGAGCCCAACUGCAUGACGACUCAGAGGAUGAGUAG